GGGUCACUGCUGCUGCUGCUACUGUUACCACUAUUUUGAAAUAAGCGCCAAGGAUUCCAAGCGCUUUGGAUUUGGAGAGUCCCACUGGUGGGCGAUCAGCUCCGUCUGCUCCGGAUUGAAAACAGAGAGAAGGCAAGCCAAGAUUGGAGCGUGUGCCAUGCAGCAAGGGAUGUUUGCCGAGUUUCCUUGACGCCUGCCGGGGGGCGGGUGGGAGAGCGGGACCCCCGUCCCGAGGUCAGCCCCGCCGCGCCCGCGCGCAGCCCGCAUGGGCCCGCCUCUCCGCCCGCGAGCUUAGACCUCCGCCGCGCGUCGCUCGCAACACCCGCCGGCCGAGGAUGGAGAGACGCAAAGCCGGCGCGCUGCUGAGCUGGCCCUACCACCUCCGCCCCGCGGCGCUGGGGAUGCCCGGGGGGACGCUGCCGCGCCUGCCGCGGCGGGACCCCUGCAGGGUCUCCUCCUGGCGCCUGGACUCGGCGGCCGGGGAGCGGACGCCGGCCGGAGCCGCCCCGCGGCGGCCUUACCUGCCGCUGCCGCUGGAGGGCGCCUUCGAGCCCGCCUUCCUCCGCAAGCGCAACGAGCGCGAGCGGCAGCGGGUGCGCUGCGUCAACGAGGGCUACGCGCGCCUGCGGGAGCACCUGCCCCGGGAGCUGGCCGAGCGGCGGCUCAGCAAGGUGGAGACGCUGCGCGCCGCCAUCGGCUACAUCAAGCACCUGCAGGAGCUGCUGGACGGCGCCGGGCCGCCGUGCCGGGCCGAGUGCAACAGCGACGGCGAGUCCAAGACCUCCUCGGCGCCUUCGCCCUGCAGCGAGGCCGAGGAGGGGGGCGUCUAGCGGGCGCCCCGGGGCCCCGCGCGCCCGGGACUUCUGGGCUGGGGGGGGGUGCGCAGAAAGUGGUUUGCAUUUUUAUUAUUUUCUUUUCAACUUUCCGUUUUAGAGCGGGGGUCGGGGGGUGGAAAACCCUCUCCGUACUUUAGGGAAGAAAAGAAAAACGUACUUUUUCUGUGUUCUGGGGGUCCUGCCUGCCACCCUUAUUUGGGUCAGGUCCCUGAACCUUAGGGGUGCUUAUUGAGGAAAUGUUCGAAAAUGCAAACUGCAAGGUCCUGGAGCCCCUCGUUUAUAACAACAACAACAACAUUGUUCGGCAAGCGCAAAGGGCCGUGAACAACUGGAAAUUCCCAGAGUUGGUGGAGUGGGUAAAUUGUGGGCACAAAUAUUGGGCCCACGGAAGAAGAAUUCCCGGCCCCGUCCCCCCACCUCAGCCCCCCAGCUCCCAAUAAAUACGCCACAGCUCUCCAGAUGACGGGAGGGCUUUUCUGCAUUUACUUCUUUGGGGGAUUAGUCAGCAACGCUCUUUUCUAUUUUGGGCCAAGGUGUCUGUAUAGCAACUGGGAACGCGGCCGCUCAGGGCUGCGAUGCGCCCAGGCUGAGUCCGUGCACGGUGUUGCUACAGGGGCUUUCUGUCUUCCAUGCACCCCAUAAUUCCCCAGAAGCUACUAUUUGGAAACUGUGUGGCCGCCUACGAUGUGUCCUCUCUCAAGCUUUGUUCUCUUUGCAAGAGAAUUCAAAUUUGUAUAAAAACUUACAUGCCAUCUCAUGUUUUUAUCCCUUUUAAAACUGUUGCUUUUCUCCGCACACACUCCUCUG